AUGGUUCUAACUCCUGAUAUGUUACUCUUAAUACCAGAUCAGUUUUUUACAAGUAUUUUCAUUUCCCCAGGUGCUGUCGGAACCGAGGAAGAAGGGACAUCUGAGGACAAAGAUGCAGCAGACGAAGAAGAACAAGAACGACUGGAAGCCCUCCGGGAAGCCGAAGAACGAAGGAAAGAGAAACACAGGAAAAUGGAAGAAGAGAGGGAAAAGAUGAGGCAAGAAAUUAGAGAUAAGUAUGGCAUCAAAAAAAAGGAAGAAGUUCAGCAGGAAGAUCCCUUUGCUGAUAUGGAGGGAAGUAGUCUCAACCGGAAACGGAAGACACCAGCCGAAUUGGCCGCAGAAGCGGAAGCGGAAGAACAAGAUGAAUUCACAAAACUGAAAAAUUCUUUGGAAACGCAAGUAAGCGAACUGAAGUCAUCUAUCGAAGGAAAAUGUCUCCUCCAGUAAAGAAAUCUCCAAUUCCCCUACCUUACUUCAGGAUGUUUACUUUUUCCCCCUUUCGUGACCUGAAACUGCUCUUUACUCUUAUAAUUUACAAACAUAAGCUUCAAAUAUAUUCACGGAGGUCCGCAGUCAAAAAUACAGUUACACUUUCAUCAAAAUGGUGACACACGUUUCGUUGAAAAUACAAAAAUAUAAAGUAUUUUUGUACUUAAUAUGUUUCUAUGGGCAAUCUUUUAGUUCUGGGGUUUAAUUAAUAGAUUUCAAAAAUCUGCGUCUUUAGUACUAAUUCUUAACGUUUAUACAUUUAGCAAAUUUAAAUGGAACACACUUUCACACUCCUUGUAUUAUAGUAAGUGUAGAUACCUAGUGAGUUCAUUAUUCACCCCCCUUAAGAAGGAGACUGCAGGAAUGAGCUAAAGAUGAAAAAAGUCACGAAAUUCCGGCCAGUAGUUUUGAAUCUUAUUAAAUGAAUUUAUUCCAGGCGUUGCUGUUUGCCUUUUUGUUUCGAAAUUCUGAAGUAUUCCCGAAAUCUAGUUUUUGAUGCAUUUAAUAUUCAAUGUACAAUUUUAUAUAUUACAUUUCAUAAAAUGGUUGAUUUAGAGAUCAAAAGCCGAUUAUAUUGCCAACUAUUAAAUUUAAGAGCAACAGCUAAGAAUAAAAUCUUUGUAUUCACCAAUUUUUCAGGAUUAGGAAUUGUAACAUAUCCUUUAAUUGCAUAUCAGAGACUUUUCGAAAUUAUUUUCCUGUACCUAGAAAGAAAUUCUUCUUGCAUUUAAGAAUUCUUUUAUAUACUCAUCAAGCAAUAAUGAGAAAUAUCUAUUUCUAGAAUAUGUAUCUGAACCGUGCUAUUAAAAAUUUUAGCAAUAAAACCUGUUACAUGAAAUAAAGGGGCAAACGACGCUGGAUGCAUUAUCGAGCUCAAAAUGUUCGCUAGUAACUAAAGAGAAUCCAUAUACAAAUAAUAAUUAUCGAACAAUUUUUAAAUUGUAUUGUAAAUUAAUUUUCUAAACAAAAAAUAAUCUUCAAUUAUAUUAUUUUCAAAUGAAUGCUUCUUUUCUUCAUAAAACAAAAUGGGGUUUGUGGAUAAAAUUACUAGCAUUCCCUUAGUACUUUACACAUGCCGUAAUGUUAACGACCUCUGAAUAUAGACUAUAAUAGCAUUAUAUCCGUCGUAUAGCUGACAAUUUAACUGCAUUAUUUUAUGUGAUUGUAUAUCAAUAAGUUUUUAACUUUUUCCUUUUAUUUAUGGUUAAAGUUUUUAAAACAUGUUUCGAUAAAACCUUUCAACGUUUCAAUUUUAAUUAUCUUUAUUUUCAAGUGUUUAAAAUAAAAUUCACGAAGAACAUAAAUUCAAAUAAACCUUUUAAUCGGCGUGAUUGAACACUUUUUAUUUCAAACUAACAGAAAAAUAAGCAUUUUAUUUAUCUUGUUAUUUGCAAAAUGUAAACCAAGCAUCAGCCUCAAAAAGCUGCUUAAUUGUUUGUGAAAUAAGCGGAAACGUAAUAUGAAAUAAGGGUAAACCCCUUUUUAUUUUACAUAUUUUAGCAAAAAUGUCACUAUACGACGAUACACUUCAACCUUUAAUGUAGUCAGAAUUUCCCAUUAAACCAUGUAAGUCCAAAAUAAUAGCAGCAAUAAGUAGUUCAUAUUUUAAUUUUCAAACACUUUUAUAGCCCAUAGUUAUUAAAACAAAAUAAUUCGUUUCUUCAACCCCUACCUCUUUUACCUGUGUAGUAUCCUUUCCAUUCCUACCACAUCCUGAACUUUUGGAGUUGUACCGCUUGACAAAACCACCUAAGAUAGAUCCCGAAGUGAUCUGGAGGAAGCUGUAAAACAACAUGCCUCUGACGAGGAUGAUAAUCACCGAAAAUCAAGCGUUGUUCUCUGCAUUGGAGACUGGAAAAUGUGACAUCUAUUCAUGGAGGGACAAUUAUAAUAAUAAUACUUAUAGAACACAAUAGAAAUACCAUAAGAAGACUCAGUAUGCCUUUUUUAUGGACUAGAUAUAUGUUUUGAUCUGAAUAUGGUGCGAAAGAGUGCUUUAAGAACUUGACUGCAGAAGUGAGAUUCUGCCCAAUGUAUUGUUGAUGGAGGCUGCGACUUUGGCCACAAAUGUACUUAUAUUUAUUCUCGUUGCUGCGCAAGUUGCUCAUGUACACAGAGUAUGCAUUCAGUGUUGGCUUUAAUAUGGCGAAAGCACUGUGAUGGCGCUUCAAAAAGCUAUAAUAUUCGUGAUUAUUAAUGUCUAUUGCUCAUUAUGUUAAUAUAUUUUGCCAAAUUCUGCAGCCUCCUAAAAAAUAUUGAGCAUUUAUAUUCCUAAGUGCUCAUAGUCAUGGCCUUCAUAUAUGAGUACUUAUGUUUCAAUGUAUAUUGUGUCACAGGAGAAGUAUUUAAAUGAAACAUGUAAGCAUGAUGUAUUGAGUGUUAAUUGUUUGCAUGAUGUAAUUGUACAUUUCCAGGGGAAGUUAUAGAUAACUGCUAAAAUGUAUAAAAGUUUGAGGUUUAAGCCAAAACUCCGCUUCGAUUUUCGGUCAGAAGACAAGAGAUUCGGAUGACUUACUUACCAUCUGAUUAUCAGAUCGUUGCACCAUUGUUUUGUGAAUUUGUAGCACCGAAAGGUUGAGAAACGUAGUGCUAGAGAAUAAAGGUGGAAUACGCCUCUAAGAAAACAACGAAUAUUAGUGUUCGCAUUUCUCAGUUGUAGUACUAAAUAACUUGGAACAGUUCUUAUUUUUUAUGUGAGCCUAUAUAUUAAAAUGUAAUGCAUUACAUCCUAUACGUUAGCACGUCAUAUUUCAUUUAUGUAAAUCAUUCCCUAGUUGUCGACAAACUUGAAUCUCUUGAUUUAGAAUUCACGAAGGUAUUUUGCAGUAUUCGAUUGAUUAUCAGGAAUUAUUUUAUUGGGAGAUAUAAAUUAUGAGACUUAUCAUCAUAUAAAUAUCAAAAUCUAUGCGUUUGCUUGGAAAUUGUUAAGUUUUCAUAUCAAGAAUGUUAGAGUACCUGAAUUACAAAUAAUGAUUCUGCAUACACCUACGCAUAUAAAUCCUACUCUGUGCUAUUAAAUUUAAUAAUUUAUACUUCAACAGAUUUUUAGCUUAGUUAUAUUUUUUGUAUCUUUCAAUGUAAAUAAAUAAUUAAGUAACUUAUUAUUAAUAUAUUAUUUAUGUUAUCAAUAACUGUAUUUUUAGUAUUAUAGAAUUACUAAUAAUAUAAUAAAAACUUGUAGUGUUUUAGUUUAGAUCACUUAUUUUAAUAUUUUUGCAAUUGUUGUUAAUUCAAAGCUAUAUUAAUUGCAAUUAAUAAUAAUUAUAAUCAUAUCAUAACCAAAUGUAGUCCAAUAUUUUGAGAAAAUGUGCUUGUAUCAAUAUUUAUGUCACAUUAGUAUAUCGCUUGAAUAAUUUAUAUUUAUGCCAAUUCUGUCUUCCUUAAAAGGGCUUACAUUUAUUAUCAUUACAAAUGAAAUUAUUAUCUGGUUUAUUACUACUGUAUACUUACUUCUGAAUAUGAUAAUACUAAAAUGGAUUAUUAAUUUAAUUUUACUAGUGAAAUAUUUAGUUAAAUUCAUUAACAUUUAUUAGAGGCAGUUCAAGUUACCGAAAUAGUUCACUGAACUGUAUUUGGAAAUUCAGCAUUCAUUUUCUAGUUAAAGUAUGAAUACAGUUAAAGCAUUAAUAUAAAUUAUCACCAAGCUCAUUAAUAGAAGAUUACUGAAAUUUCAGAUUGCUUUAUGUAUUCACAUUUGCAUUUCAAGUGAACGAAAUUUAGGUUAUGCUAUUUUUGUAAUAUUUGUCACCAUUAGAUUACGCGUGAAUCAACACUAAAAGUGCCAUUUACAAGUGAAUAUCCAACUCAGUUUUUCAAGUUUGUCCUUACCUGUCACAUGACUGACUUACAUUCCUUUGUUCUUUAUAUCAAUGCAGAAGCUUAAAAAUAUUACCAAUCUCCAGAAAAAUGUCUUUCAGAUUAUUGGAAAAGGAAAAAUAAGUUUGUAGGUGAAGUUUAUCUAGAGUUUGGUAAAAAUUGGAAGAACUGUGAGUAAAAACUGUGUGCUUAAAUGCAGCAAAAAUCACUGGUUACUCUGGAUCAAAUCGCAUUUUAAAUCUUUCGCAAAUGCGUCAUAUUAUUGCUUGUGUUUGAUAUAUCAGCAGCACUAUAAAUGGAAUACGUUUAUAAAAUUGAGUACUUUUUUUUUUGUAUUUGUAAACAAGCUCAAACAUAACUUCAUAAAAAACGCUGACAUGAGAAAUAUUGCCAGUAUUUUACAAGCAGUGAGAUUAAAAUUAAUUAAAUGUGUAAAUAAAUGAUAAAAUCCAUAGUGAUAUAUUGCAUAUAGCUUUGAACAACUAAUAUCCCUAAAGUAAAGAAUUAAUCAAAUUAAUUAAGUACUCAAAUAUAAACGUAAUUUUUUCAUACAAAAGACGCUCUCUACUAUAUGCUUAAUUAUUGUAACAUAACAUACUAGUCAAAUAUGUAUAUCUAGAUCAUAUAUAUUACUCAUGUAUGUAUAGUUUAUAUAAUACAUUAUUAUAUAUGUAAAUGUUAUAAUAAUUCAUAUACGUGUAGAUUAUGAACAGUUUGUUGUUUUAAUAUAUAUAUAUAUAUAUAAUAUAUAUAUAUAUACACCUUGUCAAAAAUCCUAAAAUUUGUGCAGAAGUGCAUCUAAUAUUUAAUAUUCCGAGCGACCACUGAUUUUUGCUUGAGGUUUGUCAACAUUUAGCACCAAGAGCAAGUCUAGUGUAGGCGUUACGCAGCAAACUCUGUCCUUGUGUGUGUUCGUGUCUAUAAGCGUGAUUGUAUGCUGUAUAUAAUAGAUUACUGCCUUUCUUGAUAUCAUCUGUAAUAUUUACUUAGACUAGAUUUCCGUUUUUAAUUCCAAUGCGCCACCUCCGUACCUUUUCACGAUCGGGCUCCUCGAAAUGGGUUGCUGGACUUGAAGUGUCUGAUUGUAGAGCGCGCGCUGCUGCUGUGCACCUUUAUCGCCUUCCGUUGCUUUUCUCCGACAUACCAAACCCUUUCGCACCGUUUUUGGCCUCGUGGAUACGUUUUAUACGAAAUCCUUUUGAUUCUUCUAGUGAACACUUUUUGAUGGAUUCAAAUUUCUAAUAUUUUGAAGAAAACAAUUAAUUUAAAUAGAAGAUAUUAUCAUAGUUCUUAAAUAUAAUACCUUAUGUAACCUUACAGCUGUGUAUCACAUGCUAAUUUUUUUGCAUUCCAAAAAAUCGUAUUUUCUACAGAAAAACUUCGCCUAUUUUAGCUAAUUUUCUUGGUUUGUGUGAAAAUAAUUAUGAGAUUUAUCUGGACACAUAGAACAAAAUCUAUGAGUUUGUCUAUAAAUAAUCAAGUUUUUAUCUCAAAAAUAUAAAGUAUCUAAAUUUCGAAUAAUUAAUAAGAUAAUUAGGAAAUAAUUUGUAAACUAAUAAUUAAGCUUAAUUAGCAUUUUUAAAAUUAUUUCAAGUUUCUGCCUUUGAUUUCUAAAUUAUUUUAAUAAGCAAUUAGUACUAUUAAAAUUCAAAAGAAGCCUGACUGGCGUAUAAAUGGUAAAGUUUGAUUAAAAAUGUAGGAAAGGAAAUUAAUUUUAUUAUAUUUAAGAGCAAAAUAAAAGCAAAACAAAGCGAUUAUUGAGUAACAUUAAUGAUUAAACAAAUUUCCAGACCUGUAACAAGAUAUAAAUAUCUAAUAAAAUGUACAAUAUAUGAGUAUCUAACUUGUCAAUCUCAAAGAUCUUUGUUGUAUCAUAUUAUUAAAAUAUUAAUUACAAAAUCAAAUUUCGAAAUUUAUUACAGAUACUCACGUAAGCUAAUUUAAAUCAGCAUACUUUUUAGGUUUUUGUAUUUUAUGCCCGUCAUACUAAGAUUUGAUGAAUUUCACAGACUGGGGAUUCUUCAGUUUAUUAAAAGUUAUUCUUUAUUUAUUUGACCCUACAUAGGUACAAAAUAUUUUACCAUUAGUGUACGAAAUAUCAUCUAAGAAAAUAUAUUGUUGAAUCAAACUACAAAUAUGUCGGUAACAUAAUUUCAAACAUAGACUAAGGUAUUCAGAAAUUUGAUUCAAAUGGAGAAAAAAAUUAUAUUUUAGCGCUAUUUUUAUUAGUUAAAUUGUGAUUAAGACAUCAACUUAAUCGAACAUAGAAACUGUUGAAUAGUGUUGAAGAACGCCAGUCAUCAAUGGAUCCUUCAAACUAAUGUUCACAAAACUUUAAGCACUUGCCUUUUAAACUUGGCCGAGUCCCGCUAUAUUUGAGUUUUGGAGCAGUGUUCUUUUAGUUUAGCCUGAGGAAUAAAAAUAAUAAAGCCGAAGGUAUGGGAGGCGAAGCAGAGCUUUUUAAAGUGGACGCAAAGACACUAAUAAACAAAAAUAAAUUUAAGCUAGAAAUGCUGUAUGCGUUUCCUAGCUUAAAUAAAAGGUUCAUACACAUCGAAACGACUUCCUUUCCUCUAGUGUGCCCUUAUUCUCUCUUUCAACAAAUUCUGGCUUUGUGAUGUCCUUUUUGUCCUUUUUCACGUCGCCAUGUUUUGCCUCAUAUAAAGAAACUUAGUCGAGAUGUAAGAAUUCAAAUAUUGUUAAUAUCUUUUAAAUAAAGGAGUUUCGUAAGAGCCCUAGAAACUUCAAAUUGAAUGUCUCAUUUGUAAUGCGAUGAUAAAUAAUUCAAAAUACUAUUUCCGCGUAAUUUAUUCUUAAAAAGCAAUCUUUUAUCUUAAUUUUAAUAUUUUAUCCUUAACUGGACUGAAGAUAUGUAACUUUCAUAUUCCUUUUAUAUGAUUUUUGCUAUUUUCGAGAUUUUAGAAGACUGUAACCUAUCAUUUAAACGUAUGAAUGUUUAAUGGAUCAUUAAAACUGCUUAAUUAUAAUAUUACCACAUCAAAAUCUAAUUGGUGUUUAAUUAAAAAUAUUAAAUUUUAAUUUUUUAUUCAUUUACAUGCAUGCAAAUGUAAAAUCAACUAACAAGAUUUUGGGUACAUUCUUCUUAAAAUAAAUGGCGUUUUCUCAAUUUCUCAAAACAUGUGCUGCUAAAUAACUCUUAAUUAAGGUAUAAAAUAUUUUUUAAACAUUGCAACUUCAGUUUUUUUCUGUUAAACUUCAUUUUAUUUUGAGAAAUUUUUAAUGUUAAUUGCUUGUUGAAAGUUUAAAAUUAAAUUAAAAGAGAAACAAUCGGAGCUAAAUUUUAACAUUUAAUGACUGACAUAUAACAAAUUUAAUGAAUUAUUUAAUUACUAAGUGAGACAUUAGUGUAUUCCAUUAAUUCCAUUCUAAUAUACAAAAUGAGAGGUGACAAUUCUUCUGAAAUUAUUCAAUAAAUGAGCCGAUGAGCGCCAUGGAAUUCAUCUUUAGGCAAAUAAUAUACCAUUAACAUCUCGACUAGGUAAUCUCAACCAAACCUUGUCAUUUUCAUCACUUUAAAUAUCACGUUGUUUGAACGAGUAAUGAAAGAGCUGGCAUGAUCC